AUGAAUGGAACUACGGAAUUUGACCGAGGAUGGAUGGACUAUGAAAAUGGAUUUGGAAGUUUGACAUCUGAGUUUUGGUUAGGAAAUAACUUCAUACAUCUUCUCACUUCGACUGGAAAUUACAAGCUUUUUAUCCACCUUGAAGAUUUUGAAGGAAAUUCAGCAUAUGCAGAAUAUUUCGAAUUUAGUCUAGGAGAUCCUGCAACUGAUUAUACAUUGAAUGUCAAAGGAUAUUGUGGGUCUGCAGGAGAUAGCCUUACGUCCCACAACGGCACGAUGUUUUCUACUAUAGACAAGGAUAACGACAAACGUUCAAGAUUCAACUGCGCACGUAACUAUAAAGGAGCAUGGUGGUUCAAUGCAUGUCAUACAGCUCAUUUGAAUGGGGAAUAUUUAGGAGGAAAGCACACGUAUGUUCGCAAAGGGAUCAUAUGGACAGCAUGGAAAGGCAGUAAAUACUCACUAAAGUCUACUAAAAUGAUGAUCAAACGACACUAA